CCAGCUGCGACCAAACAUGCAAAGGUAAACAGUGGCAGAUUUCCUUGUUACAGCGGUCCAAGAGACAUGUAGUCUGUCCAUGCAUGGGUGUCAUUUGUGGACCAAAGGAAAUAAUACUUCAGCAGAACACAUAGGACAGUGGAAAGAAAGGAACGAACCUGGAGUAAAUGGUCCAGUGAAUAACAAUGAGGUCAUUUGUUGAUAAAUAAAUGGCUUCCAGCUUGGAAGGGAACUUACCAGCACAAGGCGCAAGAGAUAAAGUUUGUGAUACUGAGGUUGAAACUGGUGGAGGAAGUUCAGUAAACAGAGACAACCCAAGUACAGCUGUAGCAGCUUGUGAUGUGCAGAGUAAUCCACCUGCAGUGAAUCAGCCACAUGUCCACAUGUCCCACACUGUGGCUAAUUACCCAGAUGUGAUUGAUACUAAUGAAGGUCACAGCAGUACUGGUGGUGGUGGCAGUGCAUCAGUACAAACAGGGAGCACAACAGGAGAAAGUGGCACUGGCACAGUAGAGGAUCAGGGUGAAGUAAGGCAGCCACAGCAGCAGAGGGCAGAAGACAAAAUACAGCAGGAUGUAGGAACACAAACAGAGGAAGUGAGAGUGCAAGCCAUGACCGGGACAGCUGUCGAAGGACCCUCCAGGGCCCACUUCAGCUCAAGCAGACAAACUCACAGCUCAACUCUGCCGUCUGCUGCUACCAUUUCAACUUCAGCUAUUCCAUCCGCCAUGUCUGGGGGUGUAGUCACAGUGCCUAGAAGACAAUCAGACCAGCCGAGGCGGGCUGCACCCCAGCCUAAUGGAGCGAGACCAGUCAGUGCUGUUUCAGAACACAUGAUAGGAAUCAGUGACGAGAGAAGACUGUUGACCAGCAAUGCUAGCCUGAAUCUAGAUGUUACUCAGUUACCGAGUCAAUCAAAUGUGACCAGCUCACUGUCACCAAGACGUGGCAGUGAUCACAGGAGUGGAGGUCAAACGCGAAGCAACCUGCCCAAUGUAAGUAGACUGGAUCCUAACGGACCCAGUGAACGACUUCCAGAUAUACUGAACUCACAUAUGUUACCUCCAUAUGCACCUUCACGGCAGAAUCAGCAUCGAUCACGCUCGAAUGGGGAACGGCGCUCAGAGAGAAGUCACCAUAGAUCUUCUCAUCAUGGGCAGGGUGCUUCAAAUACAAGUGACAAUCGCCGCAGUCGUAGUUCUCGUCAUUCAAACUCAGGGAGAAGGCGACGCAGGUCAAGGCAGUCAACAAAUCUUGAAGCAGAUAAACUCUGUUGUAGCAGAGAAUGUUGUUUUUCUUGCCUUACAACGCUGACUACUUUUCGAUGGGUGCUUAUUAGCUUGGCUGUCCUUGGAAUCUGCUGUGUAGUUACAGGGAUUAUACUGGGUGCCUUACAGAUGUCUGGAUCAAGCUCUUUGCCUUUAUCUCUUAUGUUUAUUGGUCUUGGGGUCAUGUUGGUCUUGGUGGUAGGAAUUGGUUGGAAGUGUACACCAGCUGAUCAUGAGCCUUGUCAUCUUUUAUUUGGUCUGGGGGAGUAUAACACACGACAAUUUCACAGAGGAAGGCUGCGAGCUCCAGAUAGGGGGUUCAACUGGUAUGCAGGGUUGAUAUAUCCUGAAUUUCGAUACAGAAGGCCACCACCAUCUUAUAAUGCCUCUAUGCAGGAAUACCAACAUCAGUUGAUGCUAGCACAAAUGCAGCAAUCUUCCCAAUGUGCCAAUGGGGACAAUAGCAGUCUUCCUAGCUCGCCGCCCCCAACAUACAGAUCUCACAAUAGCACAAUACGGCCAGGACUUCAUAUCACUUUUCCUAAGCUAGGGGAGGAUUACCCCUCCUCCAGGCCACCAACAUACAGAUCCCAUGCUGGGACUUUGGGGUCGCCCACAAGGCCAAGACUUCCUCUCUCCAUGUCUCCGGAUGCCAACGGUAAUUCCGUUAAUGCAAAUACAGUAACAGUUCAGAUAGUGAGUGAAACAGGGCAAGACAAUGGGCGGGGUACACCUAGUCAGGAAGAGGUUAUAUCCCAAACUGAUGGGAGCAACAGCAGAAGCAGGGAGCCCAGCCCCGGGGCUAACAUUGCACAGAGCCAGGCUUCCAUUGGUAGCUCUUUGAACAGUGCUACAGUACCGGUGCCUGGGGCUAGUACAGGGAGUAGCACAGAUUAUGGUCCCCAGGGGCAGUCCACGGAGUCUACUUUGAACAGGGGAUAUAAAAUAGUUGAACAUUUGGAGAGUUUGCUGGAUGAUGCAGUGACUGAUGGGGCUCCUGGUCCUAGCCAGCAACUGACCACACCUGUGUCCACCCCGGAAUCUUCUCAUUCAACGUCUAUGUAAGUGCAUCAUUAUAGAUGAAAAACUAAAACAAAACAGCUCAAGCUUGAAAGCAUUUUAGAUGUAUUGCAAUCAAGGAAUUAGUCCCCAUCUUAUUGAUUGAUAGCACAAAGGAGCAAUAGCUGUGAAAGAUUAUUAUAAGAUUAUUCUGGAGCUAGUCAUAUAAGCAGUGUGGACAGACAAGUUCUACAUAGCUAUUGCACAAGGCUGCUUAACUAGCUGUUAAAAAUCUGAUAUGUCUUGCCUUGGAUGUACCACAGUGAAAAUGUGCUACUUCAGAAUUGGCCCUUAAGCCCUGGUCAGUACAUCUUCAUUGAAGGAGAAAUAAUGAGAAGUUGAAAGAUGUUGCGAGGUGUACCAUGUUAUCAUAUCAGUGUCAUAUUUACCUUCUUAAGGUCAAGCGUAUCUUAUACUGGAUUGAAGUCUUAAAGUUUUUUUACUUGAUUGGUCACCCCUAGUUUCAGGUUUUGCUGAUCUGUCUGUGAAAUGUAACAGUGCUGUGAGGCGAAGACUUUGUGGAGGAGCAAGGCAGUCAGCACUCUGAGACUUCGGGUGAUGUGGAUCUCCUUGCCAAAAUAAUAUUCUUGCAGAAUGUUAUGUUUAAUAUUUCAAGUAGCCUUAUUAGGGGUUUACAGUGAAAUUUGCUGUAGUGGGGCUUUUAACAGUGUUUACAAGAAUGAAAUUUAACAUUGAAUAAUGUUUUAUAUUGUUUGUUGAUAGAUAAAAUAUCACCUGUGUGAACAGGUGUGAAUGGUCUUCCACUUUCCUGAAGUAUGGUUUGACAACACACAUAGCUGUGACUUACCCUCUACCAGGGCGACUUAUAGAUUUUUCACAGAUAUUCACAGAUACAGUAUGUCUCUAGAUAGAUAGAUG